CGCUGACCUUAGAUAAUUGACCAACUUAGCGCAAUAGUUGACUAACUAGCGUGUUGACAUUGAGGUGGGUUCUGAUUUGUACUAUAUCAGGUUUCGGAAGCGAAGAUUGCACUGAGAAGUCCUUAAUAAGUAGAAAUAACUCUCACAGCAAAGGCUCGAGUCACAACCAGUUAAACUUGGGGUAUUAAACUCUGUAUCAGUAAAGAUCCAUAAACUGUUAGCAUGUAACGGAUAUUAAAAUGAACGGAGAAACUUCCGUCUAAACUGAGUUGUUUGUCGUGCCGUCACACACCAUUGUAUAUUUCAAUGACGGAAAUUGAAAUUAACAGUGAUCUGAGUGGCGAUCAGAACCGUCCAGAACGUACUUAUGAGGAACAAAUACAAUGUGUAGGUGUGUUCGCCCAGCCUGUGGCUUCAAAAAAAUUAACAAAGCGUUUGUAUAAACUCGCUCGGAAAGCUAAACGUGUCAAGAAAACAGAUGUCGGAAUCAAAGCAAUCUUAAAAGCUAUAGAAAAGAAAGGUGUAUCUGGUAUCGUCGUAUUAGCUGGUGAUAUUAGCCCGUUUGAUCUGAUAUCCCAUGUGCCAUUGGUGUGUGAGGAGCACGACAUACCUUACUGCUAUGUUCCGUCAAAGUUUGACCUCGGUGCAUGUGUAUCUUCAGUUACCCCUAUACCUAUUGUUUUCAUAACACGGGAUGAACAGUAUGGUGAUUUGUAUGACAAGUGUUACACUGCGGUUGACGCAUUACCUCUUCCUUUAUAAAAUCCCUGUAAACAAAAAGCAGUAUUCCUUCAAUAAAAAUAUUAUUGCAUUUAUUCUUCUGA